CGCGCCGGCCAUGGGGAAGGAGCAGGAGCUGCUGGAGGCCGCUCGCACCGGGAACCUCCCGGCCGUGGAGAAGCUGCUCUCGGGGAAGCGCCUCAGCUCCGGCUUCGGCGGCUCCGGUGGUGGCAGCGGCGGCGGCGGCGGCGGCUCUGCGGGGGGCGGCGGUGGCGGCAGCGGCGGGAGCGUCGGUGUGGGGCACCCGCUGUCCAGCCUGCUCAGCAUCUGGAGGGGGCCAAACGUGAACUGUGUUGACAGCACUGGGUACACCCCGCUGCACCACGCUGCUCUGAACGGCCACAAGGAUGUUGUGGAGGUUCUGCUGAGGAACGACGCCCUCACCAACGUGGCAGACUGUAAGGGCUGUUACCCCCUGCACCUGGCAGCCUGGAAGGGAGAUGCUGAUAUUGUGAAGCUCCUCAUCCACCAGGGCCCUUCACACACCAAAGUGAAUGAGCAGAAUGCUCUUGAGAUCAAAGAACUCAAAAAGUACGGCCCCUUUGACCCAUAUAUCAAUGCCAAGAACAACGACAACGAGACGGCGCUGCACUGCGCGGCCCAGCACGGCCACACCGAGGUGGUGAAGGUGCUGCUGGAGGAGCUCACCGACCCCACCAUGCGCAACAACAAAUUCGAGACCCCCCUGGACCUGGCGGCGCUCUACGGGAGGCUGGAAGUGGUCAAGAUGCUCCUGAACGCCCACCCCAACCUGCUGAGCUGCAACACCAAGAAACACACUCCGCUGCACCUGGCAGCCAGGAACGGGCACAAGGCAGUGGUGCACGUGCUCCUGGAUGCUGGCAUGGACAGCAACUACCAGACUGAGAAAGGCAGUGCUUUGCACGAAGCUGCUUUGUUUGGCAAGACAGAUGUGGUACAAAUAUUGCUGGCUGCAGGUAUUGAUGUGAACAUAAAGGAUAACAGAGGCCUGACUGCUCUGGACAUUGUGAGGGAGCUUCCUUCCCAGAAAAGCCAGCACAUAGCAGCUCUCAUUGAAGAUUACACCGUUGGGAAGAAAAGUGCCAAAGGUGUGGAGAAAUCUGCUCCAGCCCCGCUCGCUGCAGCCACCGAUCCCCCGGGCCGGACGUCUCAGGGUGAUGUGGACAAAGCUGUGACAGAGCUGAUCAUGGAUUUUGAUGUGAACCCCGAGGAGGAGAGCCCCUAUGAGGCUCUGUACAACGCCACGUCCUGCCACUCCCUGGACAGCCUGGCCAGCGGGAGAUCGUCCGACCGCGACUCUGGGAACAAGGAGGCUGAGCCCAGCGGCCUCAAGGCAGCUGCAGUCAGGCCUAGAGAACGUCCUCCCCCGCCAGCCAAGCCCCCGCCUGAUGAAGAGGAGGAGCAGAAUGUGGAGAAGAAGGCAAGCCACAGUGCUCCCUGUGAGGCCUCUGCUGCCCGGGGGAAGAGCAGGGGAAGUGGAGCUGAGGAAGAGGAACACCCCUACGAGCUGCUGCUUACAGCAGAAACUAAAAAGCCGGUUGCAGUGGACAGGAAAACAAAAGACCACAGGAGGAGCAGCGGCGGCCGCAGCCAGGACUCUGCCGACAGCCAGGACAUCCAGGUGCCAGAGCAGUUCUCAGGGUUGCUCCACGGCUCUUCUCCAAUCUGUGAAAUAAGCGAGGACCCUUUCAGGCUCGCUUCCUCCUCGGAGAAGGGGGACGCCGAAGGCACGAGCCACCCUGCUGCUAUGCAGCUGGAGGAUGCUGAGCUAACGUCGUCAGGACCGGCCCGGAGCAGCUCCCCGGAGCCCACGCAGAGCGCGGUGUACGCCACGGUGCAGCACGUCAGCCGGGCGGAUCCCGCCGCCCUGGGCACGCCCCACGCGUGUGCUGAGCCAGAGGGGGACAGAGCUGUGGGCAGAGCCCACCCGGGCAGCAAACCCAAAGCCGAGCUCAAGCUCAGCCGCAGCUUGUCCAAGUCGGACUCUGACCUGCUGACCUGCUCCCCGAGCGAGGACGAUGCCAUGGGGAGCCGGAGCGAAUCGCUCUCCAACUGCAGCACCGGCAAGAAGCGGCUGGAGAAGUCCCCAUCCUUUGCUUCCGAGUGGGAUGAGAUUGAAAAGAUCAUGAGUUCCAUCGGCGAAGGCAUUGACUUUUCCCAGGAGCAGCACAGGAUCUCAGGUUCGCGGAUGCUGGAGCAGAGCGUCGGGGAGUGGCUGGAGUCCAUCGGCCUGCAGCAGUACGAGAGCAAGCUGCUCCUGAAUGGCUUUGAUGAUGUUCGCUUCCUGGGCUGCAAUGUCAUGGAGGACCAGGACCUGCGGGAUAUCGGCAUCGGGGACCCGCAGCACCGGCGGAAGCUGCUCCAGGCUGCUCGCUCCCUCCCCAAGUUGAAACCCCUGGGCUGUGAUGGGAAUAGCCAGCCAUCAGUUCCUGCAUGGCUCGACUCCCUGGGGCUGCAGGAUUACAUCCAGUCCUUCCUCUCGAGUGGCUACAGCUCCAUCGACACUGUGAAAAACCUCUGGGAGCUUGAGAUAGUGAACGUGCUCAAAGUGAACCUGCUGGGCCAUCGGAAGCGGAUCAUCGCCUCGCUGGCAGACAGACCCUACGAGGAGCCCCCAGCCAAACCACCACGGUUCUCACAGCUCAGAUGCCAGGAUUUGAUGUCCCAGACGUCGUCUCCCCUGAGCCAGAACGACUCCUGCACGGGCAGAUCUGCUGAUCUGCUGCUGCCCUCCGGGGACACUGCCAAGAGGCAGCACGACCGUGGCACUGAGCUUGCUCCCUACUCCAGAGUUGAGCGCUACAAAGCACAGGAGGACCGCCGGGAGUCCAGGCUCACCCUGCGCCCCCCCAGCCUGGCAGCCCCCUAUGCCCCUGUUCAGAACUGGCAGCACCAGCCCGAGAAGCUCAUCUUCGAGUCCUGCGGGUACGAGGCCAACUACUUGGGCUCCAUGCUGAUCAAAGACCUCCGAGGGACAGAGUCUACCCAGGACGCCUGUGCCAAGAUGAGGAAAUCCACGGAGCACAUGAAGAAGAUCCCAACCAUAAUCCUGUCCAUCACGUACAAAGGGGUGAAGUUCAUCGAUGCCUCCAACAAGAAUGUCAUUGCUGAGCACGAGAUCCGGAACAUCUCCUGUGCUGCCCAGGACCCUGAGGAUCUCUGCACAUUUGCCUACAUCACCAAGGACCUGCAGACCAGCCAUCACUACUGCCAUGUCUUCAGCACUGUGGAUGUGAACCUGACGUACGAGAUCAUCCUCACGUUGGGGCAGGCAUUCGAGGUCGCCUACCAGCUCGCCCUGCAAGCCCAGAGAGCAAAGCCUCUGGGUGCUGGAGCAGGAGAAAUGAUUGAAACAAAAUCUUCCAAACCGGUGCCUAAACCACGAGCAGGCAUGAGGAAAUCCGCGGUGCCGCUCCCUCCCGACACCCGCUGUUGUUACUGUCACACCUGUACAACUCACCGCCCCUCCUACCUGCCGCUGCAGUCUGUUAGUCCUGGAGCGAAGCUGGAUCCUCCUGAAGUGGACCAAGACUCCCAGUCUCAUGCCAGUGUCUCCUGGGUCGUGGACCCCAAGCAGGACUCCAAGCGGACCCUCAGCACUAAGUAUGAGACCACUAUCUUCUAAAGCAAGCGCCCGCGCCCGCCCCGUCUAACCGUGCCUUUGCGAUCUGAUCUGUCUGCUCUUCUAAACUCCCUCUUCCUCCAGCUGCUCGCCCUGAGCCCGCCUAGGCACCACGUCCAAGGCAGCAGCACUUAGGAGACUGUAGACUUACCCGGCUUUUGUACCUGCUGAACACUGUGAAUCUCCUUUCUCGGAAACAAGGGUAACGCUGUAGCUGCCCGCCAGGCGGGAGGAGCAGAGAGGGCAGGCUGGCAGGCGGAGAUGUGGAUCCAGGAAAGCCGCCCACCGUUUUCACGUCUUCCCCCCUCGCUCUGGCACUGUGAAUCCCUGGGGCAAUGUGAUACUCCCCAGGCCUUUUUUUUUUCUAUCUCACCUUGUCUUUGGACUGAUGGAGACCUCUUGUCUCUCCGGUGCACACACUCCCUCCUCCUAGAUCCUCCUCUUCCCGACUGAGCCACGGCUGUGUACUGUUCAGUGAACUCGCCUCUCCUCCCUGCCACUCGAACCGACACUAACCACUGUGAUGCUCUCUGCAAAUAACACACGGGCACUUCCAUUUCCUCACGGCCACCCUUGCCCACAGUCUCCUUCCUCAAAGCCCAGUGCAGAACUUGCUCUGGGUGGUGGGGGAGCAUUGGUUUGGGCCGGGUGUGAUCGUUCCCACUGUGAGCUCUGUCCCCUCGGAUAUGAGGGGCGGUUUGGUGGCAUGCAUUUCAGUCCUUUGUAGGUUUUUCUUUCCCUCAUAGUCCUUGUGUUUACACUCACCAGACUUCUCGUGAGAGCUGGGUGUAGUUCUCAUGUGGCAGCCUGUGGUUAGGCUUCCAAAGGCACAUGUUGUUGUUGGCCCCAGGCUGGGGAGGGUAGGUGUCAGCUGGGCACCACAAGCAGCAUCCCAGGGAGAGGUCAGGGAGCAGCCCUGGGUUAUUUGCCCCUGGUGUUAGGGCCCAGUAGCAGCUUGUCUGAGUUUUGCUGUGGCUUUGGAGCUGCUGCUUCAGAUCUUCCAUUUCCCCUCACCUGCAAUGAAAUCUGAUGUUUUAAAAGUCCUUAUUUUAGCUCUUUCUCAGGAAUGAGUUUGAUCUCCCAAGUCAUUUAUGACUUAAUGGCAAACUGACCUCAGACUGAGGGCUCAGCCAGUGGGAACCCAGUGAGAGGACUAAAAGUAAAAAUGUUGUCUUAAAGCAAAAAAAAAACCCAAACAAAAGAAAGCUCAAUCUAGUUCAUACAUUUCAUAUGCUAUAGAGUCCCCCGACACAGAGUCAGCACUGCCCAGGGCCUGCAGUGCCACCCUGCCAGCCCAGGCCUUGUGGACAGCAGAACAUUGCUGUGCCUGAGGUGCUCUGGAAGGUUGGGUUUGGGUUCCAUCAGCACUUUUCCAAGCUCUAGGAGUGCCAUGAAGGUUUCUGUGUCCCUUUAAGAGAAACUCACUCCCUGGUGUGGGUGGCAGAACGGUUUCUAUGUGUAGGUGUUAGCACAGAGCUGCCACACGUCCCCCUAGUGUCAGAGGCUCUGAGCCCUUCACCUCCCCCUGCUCUCAGCUAUUAGGGCAGGUCCCUCCACACCCCUAAAUCCAGGUCAGGAGAGCGUGUGCCUUUCUUAGGGUGACCAAACCCAGCAGGGAUCACAGGCAGCCCUUCCCAAACCAAACCACUGCCGCUCUGUGUCCGUACCCUGACAGAUUUUGUGUCCCAUCUCCGGGCCGUUCGCCCGGCCUUUCCCAGCACGUGUCUUUGUGUGACUCGGACAUUCAUUCCAUUAUCUCCCUUUCUGUUUGCCUCUGCGAAGCUGAGCUCCGGGCAGCCGUCUCCUACCACGGGAUGUAGUGCUGGGGCAGAGACCUGGGACGCAGUGGCCUCCUGACACGAAGAUCAUCUCCCUGUGGCACGGGUGGGUGCGUGGCUGCUCGGUGAGGGCUGCCGGAGCACAGGGGGGCAGGGAGCCAGCCUCCGCCAAGGAAAGCUGCUCAUCUCCAUUCCUAGCAAAGGAAAGCUCCACACUCGGAGGCCAGGAGCGAUGUCGCCUUUCCUAGUUUGAGACAAAACGUCUUUCAACUCAUUUCUUUUUUAACAAAGAGACUCAGAGCAAAUCCGGUUCACGGUUUCAAUGUAGCGCUGCAGCCUUUUGGUGAGGAAAAAAAGAGAAAACCAACAGAUCUUUAAUUGUUGAGAAUCCUGCAGUCUGGCGAGGAGCACGAGAGAAAGUCUUAGCAGGGGCGUGGUGUGCACAUUUCUGAUGGUACUUACUCUGCCUCAGCUCUGGGUGAGCAGGAGAGAACGCCAAAUUCCUGGAGAUCGCUUCCUCCUGUGUGAGAACCUGGCAGGGUAAGUCUGCAUCCUGUUCUCCGAGCCACUCCACGCUUUUGUAGCAAAUGGAAGGAACUUGAGGAAAAGAAUCUGCGGAGGAUCCUUCACCCCAGAGCAGCUGUGGCCAAUACCCCCGAUGGUACAAAGCUUCCUUAUCCCCCUGAACUGUCGUGUUGCAAUACUUGACAUUUCUAUGGCAAGGACCCCAUUUCUUCUCAUUUCCGCACUGAAUUCCUGGGGACAACUCCCUGCCCCAGCCUCUGUGCACCUGUCUUGUUUUUAAAUGCAGUUAUGCCCUGAAGGGUUGGGGUUUUUUUAAGUAUAUUCAAUUGUGAUUUAGCACUUUUUUGAUACUAGCUCAUUAUUUAAUUAGUGCAACCGUUUCAGAAGAUGAACAAAUGAGGAGUUAAAUUUUGGGCAUUACACUGAAACAGUCCAUCCCCAAGGACAAACCACAUCAGCCUGAGGGUGGCUUGGCCCCGUCCGAGCCCAGUGUCCCCAAAGACACCACCUCAAAGGUGUUGUGUGCUUGCUUUUAUUCUGAGUUACCGAGCGUUUCACAGUGGUUUGGGCUGUGACUGACGUGUUUUCAGACUGUUCCCCUCUGGGGAGAAUGUUAAAAUGGUUGUGAUUUGAUUUCUUCAGAUGCAGAAUGCAGCGCAGUGCGUCUGUCGCGAUCUCGUCAGGCCCUGACAGGGCUGUGGGACCUGCUGCUGCACGAGAACACUGUGCCCAAUAAUUCCUGUUUAACUCCACUUGCUGCUGUAUUGUCAGGAUUUCCUUUUGUCUCUCUCACCAGUGAGGCUGGGAGGGAAGUGAACCAUAAUCCCAAGGGCACAGACCUGUAAAGGAUUGGGAAGGGGGAGUGGAGAUUUUGGGUUGAAUCAAUGAAUUUAAGAAACCUAACAUUCCUUGUUAUGCACAUGUUGCAAUUCAUACUGGUGUAAGUGUAAAUAUUUGGUGUGUUGGCAACAAGUCUUUGGUGAGAUUGCAAAUUGAACCUCUGCUUGGGAGGAGGGACACCUUUCCUUGCUGACACGUGAGCUUUUUUGGAGGUUGGCUUGGAGGUAACGUGGUGAUGAAGACUCCAAUCUUCAGGCACUGGGCUCGGUGACCCUGGCGGUCCAUUCCAGCCCCACGUGUAAACCUGUGGUUGUCUUUAGUGAUCCAUUCUUUAGCCAGACACUCCCUUUCUCACCUUUCUCACAGACAGAGCAGUUGUUUUGGCAGUUCAGUGUGGUGGGGUGACCCUGGGCUGUGCCAGUCCUUGGCUCCUGGCCACCCUCACCCACCCACUGUGCAGUAUUCGGGCUCUUCCUCCCUGCAGGGUUUUGUGCUAUCUGGAGGAAACUGCCCCAAAUUUCUGGUGCUGAACAUGACCUUGCAUCCAACUGCAUCUGCUGUAUUACCUGCCCGGGAGGAGUUGGGGCUCCUCUGUUCCUCUCUUUAAAGACAGAUUGUGUUUUUCACAGACUUUGGUUUGUGGGCUGAGCCCUCACUCACGGCUGGCAAACAGAGUUGCCAAGUUUUGUCUUUCCUUUUAUAGGAGGGGAUGAUUUUUUUUUUCAAAUUGAAGAUGCUUUAUCCUUUUUUUUAUUUUGUGUUUACAAAGAAAAAAAGAAAACAGCGCUAACCUUAGCUGUUCAACUGACUUUAAACUUGCUUUGGGAUUGUUCUUUUUUAGAAGAAAUUAUGCAACUUUUUUGGGGUACACGCCUGUCCCCCUCCCAGGGAGAAGAUGCAGCACCUUCCAGGCUGUACCUGCAGUGAAGUCUGUACCUUCAGGAGGCUGCUGAGACACAGAGCAGAUGCCAAAAAGCCCCGAACUCGUCCCGUUCUGUGUGCAGCUGAGGUGGAGCCAAUGCUUUAAUGCUCCUUCCACCCACCUCAGAAGUUUCCAGCAGCAGCAUUUCCCUGGCUCUGCUCACAUCCUGCUUUGGAGCUGGCACAGCGCUCACAACGCUGCCGUGUUGCAAAGGUCUCCCUUUUAGAUCUCUCAUUGAAAUUACCUUAAAUUUGGUUUCCCAAAAGAAAAGUACCUGUGCUGUUCUCGCUAAGUCAACCCAGCUCAGACAUUUUUCUUACCCACAGAAGAAUAACCUGGGAUUCCCUGACAGGGCAGAGACAGUCGAGUUCAGUUUGCAAUGUGGACAUUUUUGCUAAUUGUGAUGUAUGGCAGUGGGGCUGAUUUGUAAUACAAAUGUUAUUUAAUCUGUCUGUAUUUUGAUACUUGAAUUUCCUUUUAUUUCCUGUAUAUACAAUUGUUAAUCUGUUCAAAUUUGUCUGAAUUUUAAACAUCUUGUGGUACCAAACAUAACCAAUCUGUGCAACAACAUAGACUGACCUCACUACAACAAGGCGAGAUUGUAAAUAUUCCUGGGCUUCCAGCAGUCGUUUUGUUGUUUUCAUAAUUGUACAACUUAGAACAGACCGAAUUAAUAAACAACCUUAGACACA